AGCUGCUGCGUGUGUGUGUGUGUGUGUGUACGUGCGUGCGUGAGUGUGCGUGCGUGUUGCCUUUGCUACAUUUGAAUUUACAAUUGAAACAAUAAACAGUAACGGUAAUAACAAUAAAUGCAACAGUAAUAACAUUAAUAAUAAUAAUAAUAAUAAUUAUAAUACAAACUUAACAUACGAGUUUUGUGGGUGGCCAGGCGCUUAGACGUUUACUUUAAUUAUGUAUACGCAACGUAUGUUUGACAUGUGGAGCAGCGUCACUUCGAAACUGGAAGCACACGCAAAUAACCUGGGUCAAAGCAACGUCCAAUCGCCAGCGGGACAAAACAACUCAAGCGGUUCUAUCAAAGCUCAAAUUGAAAUAAUUCCAUGCAAAGUCUGUGGGGACAAAUCAUCGGGCGUGCACUACGGCGUUAUCACCUGUGAGGGCUGCAAGGGCUUCUUCCGGCGAUCGCAGAGCUCCGUGGUGAACUAUCAGUGUCCGCGCAACAAGCAAUGCGUGGUGGAUCGCGUCAAUCGGAAUCGCUGUCAAUACUGUAGACUGCAAAAGUGCCUAAAAUUGGGAAUGAGUCGUGAUGCUGUAAAAUUCGGCAGAAUGUCCAAGAAACAACGCGAGAAGGUCGAGGAUGAGGUGCGCUUCCAUCGGGCGCAGAUGCGAGCGCAGAGCGAUGCGGCACCCGAUAGUUCGGUCUAUGACACACAGACGCCCUCGAGCAGCGAUCAGCUGCAGCACACUAAUUACAACAGCUACAGCGGCGGCUACUCAAACAACGAGGUCGGCUACGGCAGUCCCUACGGCUAUUCGGCAUCGGUGACGCCACAGCAGACAAUGCAAUACGAUAUAUCGGCCGAUUAUGUGGACAGCACCACAUACGAGCCGCGCAGUACAAUGAUCGAUCCCGAAUUUAUUAGUCAUGCGGAUGGCGAUAUCAACGAUGUGCUGAUCAAAACCCUGGCGGAGGCGCAUGCAAACACAAAUACCAAACUGGAAUCCGUGCAUGACAUGUUCCGAAAGCCUCAGGAUCUAUCACGCAUACUAUAUUACAAAAAUCUGGGUCAAGAGGAUCUCUGGCUGGACUGCGCCGAGAAGCUGACACAAAUGAUACAGAACAUAAUCGAAUUUGCAAAGCUAAUACCGGGCUUCAUGCGGCUCAGUCAGGAUGAUCAGAUAUUAUUGCUGAAGACGGGCUCCUUUGAGCUGGCGAUUGUUCGCAUGUCCAGAUUGCUAGAUCUCUCACAGAACGCAGUGCUCUAUGGGGAUGUGAUGCUGCCCCAGGAGGCGUUCUACACAUCCGAUUCGGAUGAGAUGCGUCUGGUGUCGCGCAUUUUCCAAACGGCUAAAUCGAUAGCCGAACUAAAACUGACUGAAACCGAACUGGCGCUAUAUCAGAGUCUAGUGCUGCUCUGGCCAGAACGCAAUGGAGUGCGCGGCAAUACGGAAAUACAGAGGCUUUUCAAUCUGAGCAUGAAUGCAAUACGGCAGGAGCUGGAAACGAAUCAUGCGCCGCUCAAGGGCGAUGUGACCGUGCUGGACACGCUUCUCAAUAAUAUACCCAAUUUCCGCGAUAUUUCGAUUUUGCAUAUGGAAGCGUUGAGCAAGUUCAAGCAACAGCAUCCGAAUGUUGUAUUCCCAGCGCUAUAUAAGGAGCUAUUCUCAAUAGAUUCACAGCAGGAUCUAACAUAACCAGAACCGAUAUUUAUGGAUACGGUGGCAGAUGCGGCUGCCGGCUGUCCGCUACAAAUAUUGGCAACGGCAACGGCAACGGCAACAACGCCCGAGCUGCAGCAGCAGCAGCAGCUCCAGCUGGAGGACUGAAGCGGC